CUUUUAAAAAAUUAAACAAAUUUAAUUAUCUUUGUAAUAAAAAAAUAUUUAUUUAGUUUAUAUAUAUGUGGAUGUUCACCAUAAAAACCAAGUACAUGCACGAAUUUGCCCACCAGUAAAAGGUUCAACAAAGUGGCAUGGCCACUUCAAUUCCUCUCUAUAUAUAAGCAUUUGGCACACUUUCAUUCAUUCAUCAAUUCACACCCCCCCCCCCCACACACAGAGAAGAAUUACCUCCAAACCAAACAUAAAAAGGAAAAUGAUAGGUUGGGAUGACGUGUACAAGGUGGUGGCCACCAUGGCCCCACUCUACGUGGCGAUGGUCUUGGGUUACGGUUCGAUCCGGUGGUGGAACAUGUUUAAACCGGAUCACUGCGACGCCAUAAACCGGUUCAAUUGUUUCUUUGUCAUCCCAUUCUUCAACUUCCAUUUCCUCUCUCAGGUUCAUCCUUACCGGAUGAACUAUCCCUUCCUUGCCUCAGACAUUGUCACUAAAUCAGCAGUCAUUGUCGCCCUCGCCUUGUGGGCCAACUUUGCCAAAAGUGGAAGCCUAGAUUGGUCCCUCACCACCUUCUCAUUAUCUUCCAUGAACAACACCCUCGUAGUAGGGGUUCCGUUGAUGCAAGCCAUGUACGGGCCAUUGGGCUAUGACAUCGUUCUCCAAGCAGCCGCCAUUCAGAUGUCGGCAUUGCUAAACAACAACACGACGACAAAGGCUGUAGAGAAUACAAAUAAUAAUAAUCACAAUAAUGCAGGUGUUUCGUCCAUUGAAAUGGAGAUAGUAGAUCUUGAACGGAGUUAUAAUCCGGCGGCGGUGGCGGCAGGCAAUUCGCCGUCGUUGAAGCCGUUGAUCAAAGCCGUGUUUAUCAAACUUUCCAAGAAUCCUAAUUCUUAUGCAUGCUUUCUUGGCCUGGUUUGGGCCCUAAUAUCCAAUAGGUGGAAUUUUCAUAUGCCUUGCAUCUUGGAGGAUUCUAUCUUGAUCAUGUCCAAGGCUGGUAGUAGUGUUGCCAUGUUCACUACUGGGCUUUUCAUGGCGUCACAAGAGAAGAUAAUAUCGUGCGGUCCGGUUUUAACCAUAUACGGUUUAGUUUUGCGGUUCGUAGUCGGACCGGCGACAACCGCCAUGGGCGCCGCCCUUUUGCGUUUGCACGGUGAAGUCUUCAAGAUUGCUAUAGUGCAGGCCGCAUUGCCACAAGCAGUAACUUCAUUCGUUUAUGCCAAAGAAUAUGGAAUCCAUGCCGAUGUUCUCAGCACUUCGAUUAUAAUUGGCACAUUCGUUUCUCUACCGGUGUUGAUUGGAUAUUACGCGGUUCUCGACCUCUUAUCCUAGCUAAUAAAUUAGAUUAAUAUUC